CUAUUCCUCACAGUAUUCUACCUUACCUUUUUUAAUUUCUUUUGUUCAUAUAAUUCGAAUGUACCAUACUUCUCUAUUUAAAUCAACUUAUUAUUCUUAAAACGUCAAAGAAAGUUUAUAUUCAAAAGAAGAAAAAGCUAUGGAAUGUGAAAGCGAUGAUCAAGAACGGUUCUGUGCGACUCCUAAGCUGUCUCUCUUCUCGAUUCCGUUAAACAGAGCAUCUUCCGAGACUCCUGGCCUAGCGACGCCGCCUGUGAACAUCGCCGGAUCGGUCCCGUUUAUAUGGGAAGAAGCUCCGGGAAAGCCACGCGUUUCGGAUGAGGACAAACCGCCGGCUUUCAAGCAGAACGCCGUGCGGUGCCUUGAGCUUCCGCCGAGACUAGUUUUGCAAGCCGCCGUGAAUGAGCCAUCUCCGACCACAGUUCUUGAUGGUCCUUACGUUGUACCACGUCGGUCUCUGUCGUUGACAAGGAGAAGCGAGAAAGACACUGAGUGUAGAUUUGACUUUUCACGUUCCACGAACGGUCGCUGCUGCGACGGCGGCGACACAACGGUGAAUAUCAGCAGAGUCAAAAGAAAAGGAAGUCUUUUAAACCUUUCUCAUUCCAAAUCGCAGUUCUUGGCAAGGGUUUACAGAGGGUUUAAGCAAGUAAUUCCAUGGAGACGUAGGCAAGAUAAUCUUCCAAGGAUGAGUUCUUCCAAUGUCUAAUAAGAAUCUCUCCACUUUCUAUGUAACUCUUUAGUUCAAAGAUUAAUAUUCAUCUGUAUAUACCAUAUAAUUUACAGACAUGUCAUAAUAAUUACAGUUUUAACCUUUUACUAAAUGUACUAAUUAACAUAAUCAAAUUAUGACACAUACCGGUGGGGGAGCUAAGACAAUGUGACAAACCCACUAUGUUUUCUCUCUUUCU